AUGGAAGAUGAUAUUAGAACAAUUUAUGAAGGGAAAAGAAUUAGUUAUUUCUAUAAUCCUGAAAUAGGAAAGUUUUACUACAGCAAAGAUCACCCUAUGAAACCAAAAAGAGUUGCUAUGGCACAUUCUUUAAUUUAAAAUUUUGGUCUGUAUAAAGACUUAGAUGUUUACACUGCUCGUUAAGCUACUUUUGAAGAAAUGAUCAAAUUUCACGAUAUAGAAUAUAUUAAUUAUCUACAAAAUUAUGUUAGUAAUGGUUGGACAUAAGAGCUAAAAAAGCUGAAACAAGAUCCCUUAAUAAAUUUAGAAUCUUCAUACCAUAUAAAUAACCCUAAAAAAAGAUAAACAAGCAAAGUAGGAGAUACUUCUGAUUGCCCAGGUUUUGAAGGUCUUUAUAAUUUUUGUUAGAUUAGUGCUGGUGGUUCUUUAGAUUGCGCAUCAAUGAUUAUAAAUCAAUAAUCUGAUAUUGCUAUCAACUGGGGAGGUGGUUUACAUCAUGCAAAGAAAAAAGAAGCUAGUGGAUUUUGUUAUGUUAAUGAUAUUGUUUUGUGUGCAUUAGAGUUAUUAAAGUAUUAUCCAAGAGUAAUUUAUAUUGAUAUUGAUGUUCAUCAUGGCGAUGGUGUAGAAGAAGCUUUUUUCCUUACAAAUCGUGUGAUGACAGUUAGUUUUCAUGAAUAUGGUGAUGACUUCUUCCCAGGAAGUGGCUCUCUAAAUUCUAUUGGCGAUGGACCAGGCAAAUAUCAUGCUAUUAAUGUACCUUUAAGACCAGGAAUCAAUGAUGAAACAUUUGAACAAGUAUUUAAGGAUGUUAUGAAAAAAGUAAUGGAAGUAUAUAGACCUAAUGUAAUAUUGCUAUAAUGCGGAGCUGAUUCAUUAGCAUAUGAUAAGCUAGGACACUUCAAUUUAUCAACAAAAGGGCAUGGAAAAGCUGUAGAAUAUAUGAAAAGCUUUGGUAUUCCUCUAAUAUUAAUGGGAGGUGGUGGUUAUAAUGUACCAAAUGUUGCAAGAUGCUGGGCUUAUGAGACAUCUAUUUGUGUUGGAAAUAAAAUUGAUGGAAAUAUUCCUAUUACUGAGCCGUUUUAUGACUAUUUUGGUCCAGAUCAUAAACUCCAUGUUACUCCUAAAAAUAAUGUGGAUAAUAAAAAUACCAAGGAUGAGCUCCAUUAGAAGGUUUCAACCGUUCAUGAAUAUUUAAGAUAAAUAGAAAGUGCACCUUCUAUGGCAUUCCAUCACACCCCUGAUAAUAGUAAAUUUGCAGAAGAAGAAUAAAAUAUAGAUGAAGAAUUUGAUUAUGAUAUGGAUGAUGAAGAGUUAGAAAGAUAUUUUAAAUAGAAAGAAAAACCUAUUAUAAUGAAUAAUAGAUAUAUUUGA